AUGAGUUCAAAAAAGACUGGAAAGCGGAUUGCCUCGAUAGUUGGGCGUUAUGAAGAGAUUGACAAGAAGAAGGCUGAGGAGGAGCAACUGAUUGAGAAGAUAAAAGAAGAUCAAAAGAAGAGAGGGACAUCACCUGGGCGUGUACAGCCCACUGUUCAUAAAACCUUUUCUCAAAAAAUAGAAAUUCCAAAAACCAAAACACCACCUUUAGAAAAACAAGAGGAAUGUCGAAAAACUGCCAGUGAAAUUAUUGAGAUCAAACAACAAAAAGAAGAAAAAGAAGAACAUAAAGAAGAGAAGAAAGGUGAUAUUUCAGUGCAAAUCACUGAAGACAAAACUGUUGGAGAUCUUCCACAAUGUGAUACUCAAGCAAUUAUUAAAGAAGAAAGAAGUGAAAGUGUAGAAGAGUCCCAACCCGUUUCUGUCCCUCAAACAGAAGAAGACAAAGACGUUGAAAAAAAUAGUGAAAAGAAAGAGACGAAUGAACGUGAAGAAAAAGGCAAAGAAGAUAUUUUACAUGGCGAAGAAAAAGAAGACCAAAAGGACAAGUCAAAGAGUGACACAAAUGCAGUGGCACCAGAAACCAAAGAUGAAAGUGCUAUUUUGGGAGAAGACGAAAGUGAUAAAAACACGUAUCAUUCACAUGGCGAUGUCGAAAAUGAUGAACAUGAAAACAAAGACAGUAAACAAGAGACACACCCUUUAGGAGAAGACAAUGAAAUCAAAGAGGAAAGUAACAAAGACGUGGAAGAGAAGAUAGAGAAAGAAGAAAGUCAUACUCUUUCACAGCCUCAAAUGGAAGAAGAACCCACAACAAAACACGAAGACAAAGUGGAAGACAUUAAAGAAGAAGUGAAAGAACCUUCAAAACAAGAAGAAAAGGUUGAAAAGAAAAUUGAAGAAGAAACUCCAAAAGAAUUGGAAAAGCCUGAAAAAGUCGAAGAGAAAAAGUCAACUUCAUCGUCAGACGAAAAGAGUUAUUCCACGGAAGACGAAAACAAGCUUGGAAAAAUACUAACGGACACCGUCACUGAUUUAGUCACAGAAAUCGAUGAAAAGCCAAAAGCAGAAAUUGUCGAAGAAAAAAUGAAAGAAAAUCAAGAACUUGUUGAACCCCCCAUUGAAAAGAAAGACAACCCGGAACAACUCUCACAAACACAAGAAGAACAAGUCAAAGAAAUAUUAGCCGAGUCAAUGGAAAAGAUUGAAAAGGAGGAAGAAGAACCACAAGAGAAGAAAGAAGAAGUCACAAUGGAGAAACAAGUUAAGAAGGAAGAAGUGGAGAAGAAAGAAGAUAUUCCAUCGGAUCAAUGUCAAAUUUCAAAUACUUUAAUGGAAGAAGUGGUUGACCAAAUAGUUCAAUGCGCUGUGAAAGAAGGAGAUGAUGAGAGUGAAGAAGUUAAUGAAGAAGCGACGGGAGCCAAAUUUGUGGUUGAAGAAGUCUCAAACGAGUCUUCAAGUUCUUCAAGUUCGGAAGAGGAAAAAGAAGAAGAAGAGCAACACACGUCGAAUACUUUUGGAAAUAAGAAACAAGACGAAUUGGAGCAAACAGAAAAGAAGUUGGACGAAGAGUUGAGACUGUUAAAUUUAAAAGAAGACGGAAAUGGGAAAGAAGAGAGCGACGAGGAGGAGCGAAAGUUGAAAGAAGAAGAAGAGGAACUUGCGAGAGAGGAAGAACGAAUUAAAAAAGAAGAAGAAGAAAUUGAAAGACAAAAAGAAGAGCAAAUCAAAGCUGAAGAACAAAAACGGGAAGCUGAAAGAGUCGAGAAAGAAGCUUUUGAAGAGGCAGAACGUGUUAAACAAGAAGAGGUAGAAAAAGAACGACUUGAAAAGGAAAAAAUUGAAGAAGAAGAACGUUUGGCACAAGAGAAGGCUGAAAAGGAACGUUUGGAGAACGAGAGAAUAGCAAAGGAGAAAGUUGAAUUGGAAGAGAAAGAACGAUUGGAAAGAGAACGUAUUGCUCAAGAAAAUGCGGAGAAAGAAGAACGUGAAAGACUUGAGAAGGAAAGAAUUGAAACUGAAAGAAUAACUCAAGAGAAGGCAGAAGCUGAACGUUUAGAGAAAGAGCGAUUAGAACAAGAGAGACUCGAAAAGGAGCGACUUGAGGCCGAAAGAGUCGCGAAAGAAAAAGCAGAACAAGAAGAAAAAGAACGACUGGAGCGUUUAGAGACAGAGAGAAUUGCCAAAGAGAAAGCGGAACAAGAGGCUCGAGAAUUGGCAGAAAAACUUGAACAAGAGCGAUUGGAACAAGAAAAAAGAGAACAAGAACGUAUCGCGAAAGAAAAGGCUGAAAAGGAAGAGCAAGAACGACGGGAAAAGGAGCGUAUAGAAGCGGAAAGAAUAGCUCAAGAGAAGGCAGAAGCUGAACGUUUGGAGAACGAGAGAUUAGCAAAAGAAAAGGCGGAGAAAGAAGAAGCAGAACGGAUUGCAAAAGAACUUGCGGAUAAAUUGGCACGUGAAGAAGCCGAGCGUCUUGAAAAAGAAAGACUUGCAAAGGAAAAAGCCGAACAAGAGAGAAUUGCUCAAGAGAAGGCAGAAGCUGAACGUUUGGAAAAAGAGCGACUUGAAGCUGAGAAGACAGCCAAAGAGAAAGCAGAACAAGAAGAAAAAGAACGAUUGGAAAGAGAGCGUAUUGCCAAAGAAAAAGCAGAAGCCGAACGUCUUGAAGCUGAAAGAAUUGCUAAAGAACAAGAAGAACGUGAAAGAGUUGAGAGGGAAAGAAUAGAACAGGAACGUAUUGAAAAGGAGAAAGCUGAAAAGGAAGCACGUGAAAAAGCAGAAGCUGAGCGUUUGGAGAAAGAGCGACUUGAAAAGGAAAGAAUUGAACAAGAGAGAAUUGCGAAAGAGAAGGUUGAACAAGAGGCUCGAGAAUUGGCAGAAAAACUUGAAAGAGAGAGAUUAGAACAAGAGCGUAUUGCUCAAGAAAAAGCAGAAGCGGAACGUUUGGAGAAAGAACGACUAGAGAAGGAGCGUAUUGAAAAAGAAAAGGCGGAGAAAGAAGAGAAGGAACGCAUUGAAAAGGAGAGAAUAGCUCAAGAGAAAGCAGAAGCUGAACGUUUAGAGAAAGAGCGAUUAGAACAAGAGAGACUCGAAAAAGAGCGACUUGAAGCUGAAAGAGUCGCGAAAGAAAAAGCAGAACAAGAAGAAAAAGAACGACUGGAGCGUCUCAAAAAGGAAAAAGAAAAAGCAGAAAGACUGGAACAAGAAAGAAUUGCUAAAAAGAAGGCUGAAAAGGAAGCUCGCGAAAAAGCCGAGGCUGAGCGACUUGAACAAGAAAAAGCAGCAAAAGACUUAGCUGAUAAAUUAGAGAAAGAGAAGGAAGCCAAAGAAAAGGCCGAGCAAGAGCAAAAAGAAAAAGAAGAAGCUCUUCUUCAAAAUGCGAAUACUGAAGACACGUUUAUUCCAUUGGAUAGUGAUGAAGAAUCAGAAGGAUCAGACCAGAAACAACACACCCACAAAGCCGUCAAAGAAUUGUUAGUGAAAGUUGACAAAGAAAUUACCGUCGACCCUAUAGCGAAAUCAAGAGCAAAAACCAUAUCUCGUAAUCGUAUGACUAUAACGGGCUAUGAAUUUAAAAGGAAAUUGACAACAGAGAGUGACCAAUCUUUGAAUAGAGAGGCGCCAGAAACAACAAGUAAAGUGCCUCGAGGUGGAAUGGGAAUGGUUGGUAUGGGCAUGGGGAUGGCUGGGUUUAAUCCAUCCAAAGUAACAUUAAAAAAGACUGGAACGAGUGGAGCAAGUCAACAACCCGCCGCAGCGCCUGCUAUGAAUCCAUUUGGUGGCUUCAAUCCAGCUGCUGUAAAAUUGAAAAAGGCUGGCGCUGCAGCUCCAUCGGAAGGAACUCCAAUCCACACACAAAAACAAGACCAGCCAACGGCUAGUCCGUUUGGGGGGUUUAAUCCCGCCGCCGCAAAAUUAAAGAAAACGACUAAAAAGGUUGUGGAACCAAAGAAAGAAGAGAAGAAGGAAGAUGACGUUCCUGAAUUCAUGAGGAUGAAAUUGAAAAAGAAAAACUGA